ACAAAAGGAGCACGGGCUCACCUCCUCUCCCUCUCGCACAUUAAGUCACCGCCGCCGCCACCCACGCCGUCCGCUUCCAGCGACCUCCAGCGCCGCGCAGCACGCCCCGAGCUCCCCACGGUUCGCGCCUCCCUUCCCUCCAGCGAUAUUCUCCGCUCCCAUCCUCUACCGCCCGCUCGCCCAUGGCUAGGGUUUUGGGUAGGGCUUCGUCGGAGCCACGAGCGCAAUGACGGCGGCGGUGGCUCAGAGCCAUGAGUGUGACGGAGGCUGGGGAAAGAACGGAAACACUACUGCUCGCGAUGACAGGAUGGUGCCAUGCGUGCGCUGCCCCAAGGCUGCAACUGCUUCCUCCAGUCGUCCCCCCUCCAUGGCUACAUCUUGGUCUCGCUUAGCUACUAGUAUAGUGCAGAUUGCUUUCUCUAUUCAAUUGAUUUUGUUGUCUAUGUAUUACCUGAACUCCAAGGGAACCAACUUACAUGGUGUAAUGGAUGGAGGUGUUAUUGGGGCGUCUUUUUUCAUGGUUGGAAACAAGAUGUUGCUGCUGUUGGAGCUCACAGAGAAUGGUAUUAUGAUAGUCUACUUACUUCUAAAGGUGCAUUAGAAGAUAAGUGGAUGUCCAGAUUCUUUGGCCUCAGAAAAGUGGUGAUAAAAAUCUUGAAGUAUUGUUAGCAUUUUCCUCUAAAAAUGGAAAGAGCACAUACAAAGAAG